AUGGACGGCGGCGCGUUGAGUAAAGCCGGAGCCAUGGCGGCAAUCGCGGAGAGCGAGGUGUUCGAGUCGGGCGACGAGGACGAGGAGAGCCGACUGCUCUGGCAGAUCAUGAUGAUCGAGGAGGCGGCGCGAGAGGCGGCGGCGCGGCAGCGUGCGGAAGCGGCAAUCACAGCAGAUGCCGCGAUGGAAACGAGAGAAACGAGGGAAAGCACAGAACCAGCGGAAACGCUAGAAUCGACGGAAACGCAAAGUCCGUCGGAAGCGCCAGCGGAAUUCACGGAACCGCCUGAAACGGCGGAGGCGGUGGAGUCGACUGAAGAAUCAACGCAAGCGGCGGAGGUCGCGAUGGCGGAGGUCGCGAUGGCGGAGGUCGCGAUGGCGGAGACCGCGAUGGCGGAGACCGCGGCAGAGGAGUGCGCGAAUGAGGAAAGCGCGGAAAAGAGCGCGGAGACGGAGAGCGCGGAUGCGGAGCGCGCGGUGGCUGGGGGCACGGAGGCGGAGAGUACGGUAGUCGUCACCCCAACAGCCGCUGACAUUUUUAGCGACACCGACGUCACCGCCGUCGCCGCUGCUCCGAACGCUGAAACCGCUGAAAGCGCGAACGCCCCAGGCAGCAGCAGCAGUGGCGGCGGCUUCGGCGGCGGCGGCAUUCGCAAGAGCACGAGCACGGGCGGGCUCUUCUCCCUCGAUUCCGCAACCGGCACAACUCCUAGCAGCGGCACCGUGACGCCCGUCAGCGCCAGCGCUGGCGCUGCUCCGCACAAAGAGACAGCGCGCGCGGCGAACAGCGGCGGAAUUAUCAGCAAAAGCACGAGCACCGGCGCCCUCUCCUCCCUCAUUUCCGCGCGCUCCUUCCGCAUCCGCGGAAAAUCCUCAGCCGGAGGGUUGCCCUUCCUCCCCGCGCUCACUGUCCCCGAGUCGGACUCCGCCUCCGCCGAUCACGGCCCGCUCUCCUGCUCCGCUCUCCCUUCCGCAGCCGCCGCUGCCCCCAGCGGAAGCAUCGCUCCCCCGCUCACACCCUCCCGUCGCUUCUCAAAAUGGUUCUCGUUUAAAGCGGAUAAGGCGCAGGCUUCUAGCGGGGAUAACAAUGCGGCUGCUGCCAAGUCUUCCGCGCAGUUUUUGUCAGGGAAGCCAGCGAUUGGCGGGUUUUCCUCCGCUGCCGUGUCUGACUCGAGUGACAUAGUAUCCCUGGGUGUGGGCGGACCCAUUGCGGAGUGCGAGAGCGAGGAGGGGAGGGGAAGCACGGAAGGGCGGAGUGCGGUGGAAGAGACGAGCAAGCCCAAAGACACAUCCGGCGCGUCUGGGUUGGUUUCGCCAAAUCAUUCCGCCCCAGCUGCACACCAUACCCAACCCCAUUCCCCUUGUCCCCAUUCUCAACCAACCCUUAUCCUCGCUCUGUACCCCAUAUAG